GAAGCUGCGCAUGGAAAUGUUCCGUACAUGGAAAGCCGAAGCCCAUUUGUUAUUAUUAUAACUAAGCAUUGUUAGUACUUAAGAGUUAGUGGCUACUAGUUAUUUAGUUAGUUAGUUAGUACUUAAGCAUAGAAUACAUUCAUACAAUACCACCAUGAGUAACAACAAUGAAGAGGAGGAGGAUAUCCAUUCGUUAUCGACUCUAUCAUCAUUAGCUACUAAUGAACCAUCGGAUGAAAAUGAAGAAGAUGAUGAAAUAAAUGAUAAUGAUCCUAUUCAACUUGAUGAAGCCACAAAGAGACAACUUCAACAACAUAAUAGAAGACAACCUUCAUUACUUCGAAGAAUAUCUACUGUUGCAUCAGAUUAUUUUAAUGGACCUAUUGGAAGUGAUGAAUCAAGUAUAAGAAGAAGUAUUGUAGCAGAAGAAGCUUAUGAUUAUCUUGAUUUAAGAGAUAGACAUCAUACAAAUGAAGAAUGGUUUGGACAAGAUCAAAUUAAACAAUCAUUUUCAAGACGAUCAUUUGAUGAAGAAGAAGAAGAAGAUCCAACUGAUAUUGAAGAAUUUCCUCAAAUAUUUGGUGGAGCUAAUAAUUCAAAUAAUUUAUCAAGACGUCCAAGUGGUGCACCAUUACAAAGAAGAAGAAGCACAGUUGUAUCAGCCAUUCAAGCUGUCACUACUAAAUUAGGAUUUUGGGAUAAAGAAUUUCAUGCUGAUAGAAUAAAAAUAAUCUUAACUUAUGGUAAUAAUUAUUUAUUUCUUAUAUUAGGAUUUACAAUAGCUCUUUGUAUUUAUUGGGGAUCAUAUUAUAAUCGUACUGCAAGAUUUAAAAAUUUAAAUUUUGUAAUUAUAAAUGCUGAUAAUCAAAUAGGUCAAUUACCAGCUAUUGUUGGACCAGUAGUUGAAUCAUUUUUUAAUUUAACAGCAAUUCAAGCAGUAGGAACUUAUCAUUUAUGGGAUUAUGAAAAGAUUUCUCAAUUAGCAAAUUCUCAUAAUAAUACUAUAACUGAAGAAGUAUAUAGAACAAUUCAUCAUCAACAAUUUUGGGCAGCAUUUUAUAUAACUCCAAAUUCAACUUUAAGAUGGUAUGAAGCAUUAGUUGAAGGUUCAACUGAUAAUUUUUCUCCUAAUGAUUUAUUACAAGUUGUAUAUGAAACUGGUAGAGAUUAUAAUGCAGUAAAUAAUUAUAUUGUAACUGUUUUACAUAAUAUUAUUCAAGGUUAUUAUUCUUAUACUCCUCAAACUCCUUUAUUUGAAGAUUUAUUACAAUCAUUAAAUUCUUCUCAAAGAUUAAAUGUUAUUCAAAAUGCUCCAUCAUUAUUAACAACUAUACCAACUUUUCAAUCGGUAGAUUUAAUUCCAGUACCUAAUCAAAUUGUUCAAGCUCCUUUACAAAUUGGAUUAAUUUAUUUGGUUAUAUUUAGUUUUUUCCAAUUUGUAAUGCAAAUUAAAGUUCAUAUGUAUAUUGCUUCAAAAAUUAAGGGAUUUAAAUAUGUGGCUUAUAGAAUGCUUUCAUCUCAUGUGGCUUAUUUGGUAUUAGCCCUUGCAUAUGUAACAUUAAAUCGAGCCUUUGGAUUUAAAUAUAAUAAAACAUUUGGGAAUCUGGGAUUUUUAGUUAUUUGGUCAUUUGCUUAUUUAACUAUGGCAGCUUUAGGUAGUAUUAUUGAAGUAACAGUAUUAUUUUUAUUUGCUGUUAAACCUCAAUUAAUUGGAUUUUUAUUAUUAUUUAUGGCAGUUAUAAAUGUUUCUCCAACGGUAUCUCCCAUAGUUUUAUGUCCUGAUUUUUAUCGUUAUGGUUAUGCAAUCCCCGUUAGAAAUUCUUAUGAUUUAAUGCAUGUAGCUUAUUUUAAUGCUUGGAAGGGGAAUAUGGGUAGAAAUCUUGGAAUCUUAUUUGCAUGGAUCAUUAUUAGUAAUGCCGCUAUGCCAUUUCUUAUGAAAUGGAUGGCUGCAAAAAAGGCUAAAGAAGAUGCGGCACAGGCUGAAGAAAAGGCCAGAAUUGCUCAAGACAAUCAAUUAGAAUCAAAAGAAUAAAAUUAACAAUACUUUAAUAUUAUAUAUUAUAUAUAUUAUAUAUAUUUA